AUGACAGUACUGUCACAUCGGCAAUCAAUUUCAUAUUGCGACAGUCUUUGUAUCCAAACUUUUGGGUACAUUGCCGAGCUUGGUGCUGAGUCUUGUGAUCACGAGCUAACAGGAUGCACCUUCAUAUUUACCAUUCUAUUCUUCCUUUGGGGAUUUGGCUAUGGUCUAUUGGAUACCUUGAACUCGCAUUUCCAGGACGUCCUCAAUACCACCGCGGGUAGGUCUUCUGGAUUGCAGGCAUCCUACUUCGCUGCAUACUUUCUUUGUCCGUUAACGAUCUCCGGAUGGAUCUGUCGCAAGUAUGGAUUUCGAGUUGUUGGGGCCGGUCUAUCUACUUUGGAAACCGCUGCUGAUCCCGAGAUCCGAUUGAACUUGGGACAAGCCGUUCAGGGAGUUGGUACCUUUAUUGGCCCACUUUUGGCCUCCCGCGUCUUCUUUGCAAACACAGUGAACACUGAAGCUGGGUUGAAGAAUGUCCAAUGGACCUACCUCGCCAUUGCCUGCUUUGUUGUUCUCCUCAUCAUCCUCUUCUGGCUUGCACCUUUCCCAGAAAUUACUGAUGCCGACCAAGCAGCGUUGGAGAGCAUGAUUGCGGAUAGUCGUGCGGACCCUGGCUCAUUCAGGAAACAGUACACCCUGUUUCUUGGUGUAUGGAGUCAGUUCUGCUAUGUAGGAGCACAAGCAGCCGUUACUGGAUACUUUAUCAAUUUCUGUGAAGAGGCUGGUCGAAGCUCUUUGAAAAGUUCACAAGGUCUCUACGCAUUCAUGCGUUUUGUUUCCGGUGGUUUGAUGAUGUUAAAACCAUUUAAGCCACGUAUUAUGCUGCUUGUCUUCUUUAUUCUGUGUACCCUCUUCUCUAUUCUCGCUAUAGUGAACAAGGGCACAACCUCUAUCGUGAUGAUUACUCUCGUUUUGUGUUUUGAGUCGCUCUGCUUCGCAACGAUCUUCUCAUUGUCCCUCCGUGGUCUAGGUCAACAUACCAAGCUUGGUGGCUCACUACUGGUUGCUGCAAUCUCUGGUGGCAUGGUCUUUCCUCCUAUGAUGGGUGCCAUCGUUACUAACGUGAGCGCCCAUACAUCCAUGGUUAUUCCUAUGAUGGGUUACAUCCUCGCUCUAAGCUUCCCUAUAUAUGUCAAUCUUUAUAAGAGAGACGUCAUGGAUCUGCAUCGUGAUACCGAGGUGAACGUCACGAAAACACUGGGCAAAAAUAUUACCUUGGAAGAAGGCACUCAGAGCAAGCCCGCUACUGCGAACGUUGAGACGGUUGAGGGAGACAAAGCUGUCAACUGA